AUGAUUGAAUAUUUGUUAUCAAUUAUUAAAAACAUUAAAAGUAUAUUUUUAUUAUUGUUUAUUUCAUUAAAAUUAUUUCAUUUUAGUGUUAAAGUAAGUGAUGAAAGUGGAGACGAAGACUCAAACAACCAAGCUCAGAAAAUUAGACUGCCUCCCAUAGAAAUAGGUCCAAAUGAAAACCGUUUACAGUAUGGUUAUACAUUAUGGUAUAGUAGGAGAUCAGUUGGCAAACAAAGUGAUAGACGUUAUGCUGAAAAUUUAAAAUUUAUUGGACGAUUCGGUAGCGUUGAACAAUUUUGGGCACUCUACAGUCAUUUAGCAAGACCUUCGGAGCUUACACCAUCAUCAGAUUUUCAUCUGUUUAAAAAUGGAAUCAAACCUAUGUGGGAAGAUUUAGCUAAUAGACAGGGUGGAAAGUGGGCAGUUACGUUGAGAAAAGGUUCAGUAGAUCGUUGCUGGGAGAAUCUUAUUCUAGCUAUGUUAGGAGAGCAAUUUAUGGUCGGCGAAGAAAUUUGUGGGGCUGUUGUAUCUGUAAGAUUUCAGGAAGAUAAAGUGUGUGUAUGGAAUAAAACAUCUUCCGAUACAGCAACGACUGGCCGAAUUAAAGAAACUCUACGACGUGUACUACAGUUACCUUCCGAUACUUUAAUGGAUUAUAAACCACAUAAUGAAAGACUUAAACACGCAAUUAUUAAAAGCCAAAGUGAAGGAGCAGUUAAGCUUUAA